CGGCCCUCGCAGGCGAUCAGGAGCAGUUUGGACAAGAAGGACGGGCAACCCAAGUCACUCGCGUCGCCCACCUCCCCCACCUCCCCCACCAUGAGCGUCGGGGGCUCCAACAUGGACUCUGGCCCCCUGGAUGACCCGAGGAGCCCCCAGGAGAAAGAUGAGGAGAACCUACCUGUCCUGGGGAUGCUGAGGGGGACCCUGAGGAGGACGCUCACCAGGAUCAGCAAGCGAGAUUUGGCCCAGGGGGAAGGGCGCAAAGUCAGAAAGACCAAGUCUCCCUCACGGCAGGUGCUCAAGAAGAACAGAGAGGACCCCGGCCAUCCUCCAAGUGUUUUGGACAGUUCCCAGGGGACCCAGUGCUCAGUAGAGGAGAGCUCAGAGGAAAAGUCCAUCUCCGAGCUGAUCGAAGCCAGAAGGCUCCUGGAGGCCUUCGAGGAUCUGGAGAGGCUGGAGAAGCAGCUCGGGGAAGACAAACAAGCCGGACGGUUCGCUAGCCGGCCCACGGAAUUCGCCCGCCGGGCCAUGGACCUCUGCCUGCACUACGACCUGCUCUGGGAGGAGAUGAAGGAGGUGGUGCGGAGCACGCUGGGCCCGGCCCCGGCCACCCAGGAACAGCUCCGGGACGUGGCCGAGCUCAUCGGGCGGGAGGAGCGGGCCCACCCGCCGGGGGCCGAGGCCGAGGCCGACUUCCUGAGCGCUCCCCGCAACUGGAGGGGGCGGUGGCGGGAGGAGGUCGGUGAGAGCGUGAAGGAGCGAGUGCGAGGCGUGCCAGUGCCCCCCAAGGAGGAGAGUCUGACCUGGCUGGCCGAGCACCUCCGGGACCUGGGCAAGGGGAUCCGGGGGGAUCUGACCCACAUCCGACGGUCAGUGCAGGGGUGCUACUCCACGGACUUCGCCGUGUGGGACGUCUACCUGGUUGCCUUUCACGAGGCCGUCUCCGCUCACCUGCAGGGACUCCUGGGUGAGGUGUUGGAACAGAAGCUGGAGCGGGUUGGGUCCCAGGACUGUGAGAAGGUGUACGUGGUGAUGGACUGGGCGGCCAACGUGUACUGCAGCGAGGACUUUCUGGGCCACCAGGAGUUGAAGAUGGACAUGAGAAACUUGCCUCCUCUCCUGGAGCCCCAAAUCUGGAAGAAGUUGGAAUGUGCCUACACCUACUUCCUAAAGGAAAAGAUUCAAGCUUGUUUUGAAAACAUUCAGCGACUGGAGAUGGAGAAGUGGACGACUCAGGAGCAGCCCAGCACCUUGCAGGGCGUGUACUACUCACCCCUUUCCGUUGACAUCCACAUGAUGCUCAGUCAGCACGCUAACACCGCCCGCGCCAUCUCCGGGAGCUUGGAAACCACCACGCUGCAGAUCUGUGUCCAGGGACUGAAAGACUUCAUACCCAGGUUUGGAGAAGACUUCCUGAAUUCCAGUGUCAUGAAUGAUGACUCCCUGGGGGUGCCCUACUUGAUCACCUAUAUGAACACGAUGCACGAGUUAAAGACCAGUUUGCCCACCAGGUUCCAGGUCAGUUUUGAGGAGGUGGCCCAGGCCCAGGCGGAGGUUAUGGGACAUUUCAGGAAGCACUUGAUGACUCACCUGGAGCUGGAGAUUCAGCCCCUGUUCAAGAACGUGAUCACCAAGGCCUGGAUCUCCUCAGACACGCUGGAGCCCAUCAUGGAGAAGGUCGUGAAGUUUGACAAACACUUGAAGCACCUGAGCCAGCCUCUUAAGAAGGAGAGCCUGAAAGAUGUCCACAGGUGUGUGGUGAGAAAGUACAUUGAGCAGAUACUAAAUCCAAAGAAGAGGAUGAGCGGGAGUGACCGGUUGGACACUGCAGUCAAAAUGAGUCAGGAAUCCCAAGCCAUCCGUGCCACCUUCGAAGGCCUGGGCUCCGACGCCAGCUGGAUUGACUCGGCCAUCCCAUGCCUCUCAGACAUCCUUGGGGAGAAACAGAAAGACAACAUUAAGAAACACAUCGAAAAGCUGGUUGGAAAUUAUCCGGAUGUCAGGAGGGAGCAUCUGGUCGCCAUCCUCUCUCUCAGGAAGCUGGGGCUGAGACGAAAGCAGGAGAUCCUGCAGCACGCUGAGAGGCUGCUGAGGGCCUCCCAGGCUGCCACAAGAGAGGCCGAGCCCCAGGACCGGACACUGUUUGCAGAGAUCAAGAUCCCCUCCUUCAUGGGCUCCUUCAGAAACAGCAUGCACAGGCCUCCAAGGUGCCAAGGUGCCCAGCCGCGGGCCCAGGAGUGUCUGUGCCUGCCGGUAUCCUUCCGGUCCUGGACUAAGGCUGAAUCGUCAGAGGACACGAGCCCGGGGGCCGCAGAAGGGCUUGGGAGGGAAGUCCCGGGGUGCUAAGUCCCCCAAGAUUGUGAGAUUAGAGGCCCUCCUCACCCCCCAUCCUUGAGGCACCUUCCCCUCCACUGUCCCUGCCAUCAGUCCCUUUUCCUUCAGCUUCAGGGUUUCUCUGGAGCCAGUAAGGGCCUGCACCAUCCCUGUGAAUUCCCUGCCCCACCCUGGGCAUAGUCAGUGGGUGUGUGGGGAUUGGGAGAGAGGCAGGUAAUCCUGAGUCCUGUGUCCCCCCCAGGCACAGAACUCAGAGCAGCCCCUCCUCCUCCACAUCAAAGGCUCUUGAGAAUCCAACCAGUGAUUCUAAGCUCUUUGGGUGAUGGGAACUGGAGGAAGCAGGGCCCUGUCCUAGACACUUUGGGAUCCUGGCUGAGAUGCACUGUCCCUGCUAUCCACUGGUCUAAACUCCCCCAACCCCUAGGGAUUGCAGUGAGUACAGGGAACUGUAGGCAAUGGAAAGGGAUAAUAGCAGGGAGCUGUCAAUCAAUCAAUAAAUCAUAAUUAUUAAACA